CACUAAGGCACCUCAGGGUUUGUAGUAAAUAACCAAUAUACCACGGUUCCCCUUCUUUCGGGAUGUAGUGGAGUAAAAGUAGGCCUAGUCAAAAUAUAAAUAGCAAAGUCAAGUACAGAUACCCCCCAAAACGACUUAAGUAGUACUUCAAAGUAAUUUUACUUAGUUAAUUUAAUACACUGAUUGGACAUCAGCCACUGAUGGUGUACUGCAUUGGAUCUUUCUUAGGACCCUGCGGAUAACCAUCAGGCAACGUGAACUUCCUAAAAGAAAGCAGCGAAACUGGGUUCUUUGACGUCAGCUACGUGUGACUAUUUUAAUUUAAACAGGACAAGAUGGCGGAGGUGAGAUUGAGCGGGCUGAGUAAGAGGAAUCAUUUCGAACAAAACCACAAAAGACACGUCUUUGACGAAGGUGCAGGUGGUGUGGAGGAUGUUCCUCUGUCCCUGCCAGAUCGGAGGACUCGUCGCAGGAUAGCGCCUCGGGCAGAGGCUGACAGCGAGACAGACGAGUUGGAACAGGCCCCAGAGCUGAGUCAUGUUAGGGAGCAGCCAACUGAAGAGCAGCCUAUGGUGGGGUUGGAGAAGGCUCGGCCCAUCCAGAUAGUCCUGGCCCACGAGGACGACCACAAAUUUGAGCUGGACACGGAGGCCCUGGAGAAGCUCCUACUGCAGGAGGAUGUCAGAGACCUCAAUGUGGUGGUGGUGUCUGUCGCCGGGGCCUUCCGCAAGGGCAAGUCCUUCCUGCUGGACUUCAUGCUCCGAUACAUGCUCAACCAGCAGCAGGAGCAGUCAGACUCGUGGGUGGGGGGUGAUGAUGAUCCUCUGACAGGGUUCAGCUGGAGAGGAGGCUGUGAGAGGGAGACCACAGGGAUCCAGGUCUGGAGUCAGGUGUUUGUGGUCAACAAGCCAGAUGGGAGCAAGGUUGCUGUUCUGUUAGUGGACACACAGGGAGCCUUUGACAGCCAGUCCACCAUAAAGGACUGUGCAACAGUUUUUGCCCUGAGCACCAUGACCAGCUCUGUACAGGUGUAUAACCUGUCUCAGAAUAUUCAGGAGGAUGACCUUCAGCAUCUCCAGCUCUUCACAGAAUACGGCCGGCUUGCUUUGGAGGAAAUCUAUCUAAAACCCUUUCAGUCACUCAUGUUCCUGAUCAGAGACUGGAGCUAUCCAUACGAACACAACUAUGGACUGGAGGGAGGGAACCGCUUUCUAGAGAAGAGACUGCAGGUGAAACAGAACCAGCACGAGGAGCUGCAGACUGUGAGGAAACAUAUCCACUCCUGCUUCUCCAACAUCGGUUGCUUCCUACUGCCCCACCCUGGCCUCAAGGUGGCCACUAACCCCAUGUUUGACGGAAGAUUAAAAGACAUUGAUGGUGACUUCAAGGAGGCGCUGAGCAAUCUGGUGCCCUUACUGCUGGCUCCUGAAAACCUGGUGGAGAAGGAGAUUGGAGGGGCGAAAGUGACCUGCAGAGAUCUAGUGGAGUAUUUUAAGGCCUAUAUAAAGAUCUAUCAAGGGGAGGAGCUUCCUCAUCCCAAGUCCAUGUUACAGGCAACGGCUGAAGCCAACAACCUUACAGCAGUUGCUGGAGCAAAAGACACGUACAGCAAAAGCAUGGAAAUGGUGUGUGGAGGGGACAAGCCCUACAUCGCCCCUGCAGACCUGGAACGUUGCCACGAGGAGGUCAAGGAGUGCUCGUUGCGUCAGUUCCGCUCCGUGAAGAAGAUGGGUGGAGAGGACUUCUGCAAGAAAUACCAGGAGCAGCUGGAGGGUGAGCUGGAUGAGGCCUACUCCAACUUCCACAAGCACAACGAGGGCAAGAACAUCUUCUAUGCCGCACGCACGCCCGCAACGCUGUUCGUCGUCAUGUUCGCCACCUACAUCGUCUCAGGGCUGACCGGCUUCAUCGGAAUGAACACUAUUGCCAUGCUGGCCAACCUGGUCAUGGGCGUGGCCCUCAUGAUGCUCUGCAUGUGGGCCUAUGUAAAAUACUCAGGGGAGUUCAGAGAUGUGGGCACCAUCAUAGACCUGUUGGCAGAGACACUCUGGGAACAGGUGUUGAAGCCUCUGAGUGAGCAAUAUAUGGAGGAUAACGUUAGACAGACUGUGGUCAACUCCAUCCGAGCCAGUCUGACAGAACAGGUCACGCAGCACGCCAAGUCACACUGACCCCCCCCCCCCCCCCCUCUCUCUCUCUGCCAUCCGCUCACCCACUCACUCACUCAGUGUGCUAAGUCCUAGAACUGUGCAAACCAAAGUAUACCCACCCCCAGCCAACCUCGUCUGCUGUAGUGUCCUGUGUUACUGCUGGCUUCUCUAUCAGAUCCCUUCUGUUGGGAGGUAGACAAUCAGUGAGUUAAGUGGAGUUGCCAGUCUUCUCCUGCCUUUACCAAAAUUGGACCCAUUUCUCGAAUGUGCCAUUUUGUAGAUGCAACCCCACCCCCACCCAGGAUUUUAAAUUAUGAAGAGUUGUCAGUUUUGUUGGCUCGGUUUUAGUUUCUAAUACUGUCAUUAAAUAGAUUGCAGUUGCUUGGGUUUCAAGGGAAAUUCAGGGAAAUGCAGCUCUGACGCUGUGCCUUUGGAAGCAAGCUGAACUAUCUGCAUGGUCAUAUACUGUAGCCAAGCCAGUCUGUUCCUCCCCCUCUUCUGAUAUUGUUUGGUUUUUAACUGUGGUGGAUUUAGGAAGCAUUUGAGCCUCAUUGUUUUUAAGGUACUGAACUUGCUUUAGUGUCUACCUACCAGUAUUUCCCACUGCAUGGUAUUAGGUCAACAUAGCGCUAGAAUAGGUCCUAGAGUUCAAGCUAUUGGUUAGCGGGGAAAUAUUCAGACCAUAUAACUUGUUUUUCUUAAACCCACAAGUAUAGUGGGAGUGAUCAAAGUUAUUGCAAAUCUAGCAUGUUUUUCUCUUAAUACAGCACUGAUCAUUUAUGCCAACACCUUAGUACCAAUUCCAUCCACAACUGUCUCGCCUAGGAACGUGCCAGUUUGUACAGUCUUUUUUUGUUUUACAAAUAAGGCAUGAUGUAUAUGACAUUGAAACUUUGUAUACAUUUUAUAGUGUUAUGGCUUUUUUGGGGGGGAUUGGCCUAAAAGUGAUUUGUUAUGGAAUGUUUUGUGAUUGGUCUUGUAAAAUUGCGUGUUUUCUUUCUACUAUACCAGUAUGUAAACAAACUCCAGGCUAGAGCACUUCAAUUCCACCUCGGACAAUGCUUUCUGGAAUUUGAGUGGGCCGAAAGUCUUUUUGCAUUUUAAUUUGACUGUAAUUUAUUUUUCAAUAAUGAGUACAUUGACUUUAAUGAUUAAAAUCAAUUUACUGUU